AUGCGUAAGGCAGCAGAAAAAGAGGGAUUAACCGUUGACUAUCUGGUUGACAACGGUUACCCAACGGGAACUUGUGCUGUCGUCAUCACCGGUCAUAACAGAUCAUUGGUGGCAAAUUUAUCGGCAGCCGAACAAUAUAAGGAAUCCAAGCAUUUGGAUUUGCCCGAAAAAUGGAAAAUUAUUGAGACCGUAAAGUAUUAUUACAUUGGAGGGUUUUUCUUGACAGUUUCGUGCGAUGCAAUCUUGAAGAUUGCCAGACACGCGGCUGAAAGCAAUAAGCCUUUCAUGUCAAACCUUUCGGCAACAUUCCUAUGCAAAGUUCUGCCCUUUAAAGAGGCCAUGAGUAAAGUUGCGCCGUAUUGGGAUGUCAUCUUUGGCAAUGAGUCUGAGGCUGAAGCCUUUGCUGUCUCUGAAAAUUGGAAGACCAACGAUCUGAAGGAGAUUGUGCUGAAAAUUGCGCAACUCCCUAAAGUUAAUACUAAACGCCCGAGGGUGGUCAUAAUUACUCAAGGUUCCCAACCAACGAUAGUUGCAUUUCAAGAGACCGGAAAGGUUAUGGAAAUUCCGACCCUUCCGAUUGAUGCUAAGGAUAUUGUUGACACCAAUGGUGCAGGCGAUUCAUUUGUUGGCGGAUUCCUGAGUCAAUAUGUCAAUGGAAAAAGCAUUGAGGAGUCUGUAAAGGUUGGUCACUGGUUGGCCAAUAUCAUAAUUCAGCGGAAUGGUUCAAGUCUUCCUGAAGAGAAACUUGUAUAUCCCGGUUCAGAUAGUUAA